AGCCAGAAUAUUGCAUAGGUGAUUUUUGUGUUAAGGGUAUCACAUCUGGAGGCACAUGCUGUUCAUCUGCCCCUCUUUGGUGAUGUUAAUUUUGAUCAUCAGGUCAAGGUGUUGCCUGAUUUGUCCCUGCCAAUAAUUUAAUGCCAGUUAUUAUGUCAGCUGUGCCCUGUCUUUUCAGUCUUGCUUAAUUGAAAGUCUUCAUUUAGGUGAUUUGACUGCUAGAGUCUGAAUAUACUGAUUGAGUCAGAUUAGCUAGUGAUAAUUUUUACGAGCCCUCUAUGAGUUAUGGAAAUAGAUGUAGUAGAGCCUAAACUUACAAAUUGAAACUAAAAUAGGGGAAGAAUACUCAGUCUAAAUUUGAGAAAGAAUUAAAUCAUAAUUUUUUUAAGCUUAACUAUUUCAAAUAUUAGUACGUUCACUAGUCUUAUUGAGAUAAAAUUGUUGCUAAGUUUACAGUAUUGUUAGUAUUACAGUAUUAUUUGGACCUCUCUAAUGAUUAGAGCUGUUUAACAAGGUAUUAUUUAUAAUCAUGUAUGUAUUAAACUGGCUCAUAGAUGAUGGGAAAAAAGCCCUUCAGCUAAGCGCUUGUCAGAAUGAUACAUAACUAGUUUGUUUACUUUUAGGGUUUAAUAUGUCCAAAUGUUAACUUUACUAACAAAAUGUAUAAAUUAUUUUAAGAACUGAGGAACUUUUGAGAGUCUCUCUUCAGCAACAUUAGUGUUUGUCUUUUUUGUUUUAGAUAGACUAUAGCAAUACCUAUAAGACUGUCAAAACCCAGAGCUGCAUUCACCUUCUCAGUGAGGCUCAUCUGUUAGUGCGAGCUGCCCUGAUGGAUGCCAGUCAGCUAGAACCUGGAGAGAAGGCAGAGCUUUUGGAAGCAUUUAAGGAAAGCUGUGGGCACCUUGGGGACUGUUACAGCAGGCUUGACUCCCAGCAUUCGCAUCUCACCUUGCCAUACUAUAAGAUGUCUGGUUUGUCUAUGGCUGAAGUUCUGGCCCGCAUGGACUGGACAGUAGAGGAUGGAUUACAGAAAUACGAGAGGGGAUUAAUCUUUUACAUUAAUCAUUCACUUUAUGAAAACCUGGAUGAAGAAUUAAGUGAAGAAUUAGCAGCAAAAGUGGUUCAGAUGUUUUAUGUGGCUGAGCCAAAGCAAGUGCCCCAUAUUCUCUGUAGUCCUUCUAUGAAGAAUAUUAAUCCUUUAACUGCCAUGAGCUAUCUAAGGAAGCUGGAUACUUCUGGGUUUUCAUCGAUCUUAGUGACAUUGACCAAGGCAGCAGUGGCUCUGAAAAUGGGAGAUCUUGACAUGCACAGAAAUGAAAUGAAAAGCCAUUCAGAGAUGAAGUUGGUAUGUGGCUUCAUUCUGGAACCUCGACUGUUGAUUCAACAGAGAAAGGGACAGAUUGUUCCAACUGAGCUUGCAUUUCACUUGAAGGAGACUCAGCCUGGAUUGCUUGUGGCUUCAGUUCUGGGCUUGCAGAAGAACAACAAAAUUGGAAUUGAAGAAGCAGAUUCCUUUUUUAAGAUGCUUUGUGCUAAGGAUGAAGAUACAACUCCUCAGCUCUUGGUAGACUUUUGGGAAGCUCAGCUAGUGGCAUGUCUUCCAGAUGUGGUACUUCAGGAACUCUUUUUCAAGCUCACAUCCCAGUACAUCUGGAGAUUGUCUAAGAGGCAGCCUCCUGACACCACACCAUUGCGAACGUCGGAGGAUCUGAUAAAUGCCUGUAGUCAUUAUGGCUUAAUUUAUCCAUGGGUUCACAUCUUAAUAUCAUCUGAUUCAUUAGCGGAUAAAAAUUAUACAGAAGAUCUUUCAAAAUUACAGUCUCUUAUAUGUGGUCCUUCAUUUGACAUAGCUUCCAUUAUUCCGUUCUUGGAGCCGCUUUCAGAAGACACUAUUGCCGGCCUUAGUGUCCAUGUUCUGUGUCGUACACGCUUGAAAGAGUAUGAACAGUGCAUAGACAUACUGUUAGAGAGAUGCCCAGAGGCAGUCAUUCCAUAUGCUAAUCAUGAACUGAAAGAAGAGAACCGGACUCUGUGGUGGAAAAAACUGCUACCUGAACUUUGUCGAAGAAUUAAAUGUGGUGGAGAGAAGUAUCAGCUCUACCUGUCAUCAUUAAAAGAAACAUUGUCAAUUAUUGCUGUGGAACUAGAACUGAAGGAUUUCAUGAAUGUUCUCCCAGAAGAUGGUACUGCAGCAUUUUUCUUGCCAUAUCUUCUCUAUUGCAGUCGAAAGAAAUCAUUGACUUAAAGGUAUCAUUUGAAAAAUACCAUAAUGGCAUUUGAGACUGAAUUUCUAAAAAUUGAAUGCCAAAGUACAAGUAGAGGAGUUUUUGACUUUAUAUAUAUCACACACACACACACAUUUAUGAUGCAGAUGUUUUCAGGCUGCUUACCUUACCAUGUAGUGGUAACCAUUCAUUUCUUAACUUAUGACCUCAAUCAAUUUAAUUGUCUAGAAUGUAAAAAGUGUUUAAGACAUAAGAAUUCCUCGGAGAAGCCAUAUAUUUUUUAAGGUGGGGAUUGACUUUUAUUCCAAGGAACAACAUCAGUUCGCUGCUGUUGGAGACAUGACAAUCAUUUUCAUCCCAAGAACACUUUAAGGAAACAUUUUGCAAGUAUGCUUGAAAGAAUGUCACUAACUGGUCCAGAAUUUUAUCUUCUUGAUUUUUCCAGAUUUCUCUAUGUUUUUGAGAAAGAUGUUAAUGUUUUGCCAUGGUAAAAAAUUUCAAACCUCAUUUUUUUUGUUCCUUUUCUUGUUACUUUAAGAAAACUCAUGCUCUGUUUCUCUGAAUCAAAUGAAGAAGUUUACAGAGCUAACUUUCUUCUUGUCUAGCUAUUAACAUUAUUUGUCAAAUGCAUGUUUUUUUCAGCCAAAGCCUUGUUUCCAUUUUUUGUUGAUGUGUACGCUUGCUGUUUUAGCUAGAGUGUAUGUGAAAAUAAAGAAAUAUAUCAUUGUAUUC